GGAAGAUGUUACAGCAGAGCACACAUGGGCAGGGUGUGCAGGAAAUAAGUCACGAAAGACAACCUAUAACUGCUUCUAAAAUAGGAAGAGAUCACUGAGACUGCGGCUCUGCAAGGUUGGCCUGAACCUCCCUCGUUUGUUACCUGCUCAAGCAUUACCAGGACAUUGCAGCUUUGGAGAAAUUCAUCAGUUCGUUGGGUGUGUAUAUUUGAUCUUCUCUUUAAUGUGAUGUACAGUAACACAGUGUUAUCAGAGGAAUAAGUAUAAAGGAUGCUUCAAGGCCAUUCAGGAAGUAACCUCUGCCCUUGCUUCGCAUAAUUUCCUCAUAAAGAAUGCAAUAACACGGAUGAUUGCAAGUUUUUUAUGUUCGUUUGUUUAUUUUAAAGAACAAUUUUACUCUUUUAUAACUUAGUUUCAACAUCUUUUUAUCCUCUUGUAUUUAUGCACAGUUUUCAGGAUGCAAGACACCCUGCUGCGAAUGUUUGUGGUUGCUGUGGGUCUUCUAACAUAUCCCAGACAUGACCCCAGUGUUCAGGAUUCUGAUGAUAUGACCUUAACAGGCAUGCAAAAGUAUGAACAGAGACUAAUGGGAGGAGGAAACAAACUGGACAACCUCAUGGAGGCUGCCAAUGAGGAAAUAAUGAGGAUAGGCACAGACAGCAGAGGGCCUCCUGAUGACAAACAAAACAUACCAGAGGAGGGAGAAACAUCUGUUCGACAUGUUCCUGAGGAGGAACACAUGCCACAUUUGGAAGAUGUGACUCCUCUGAAGACUGCACAAACUGAGCAUGAACAAGGCCGAAAUUCUCAGCUGGACAUGCAGAAUAAUCAGCAGGGAGGUGUUCAGACUGGUGAUGCUUUAGGAGAUUUGAGAAAACCAGAAGUGACACAAGAGGAGGCUGAGGAGGUAGAAAAGAUCGGCUCCAAAGACCAGGAGUCUACUCAGCCACAUCUUCACACCCAGACAUCAGAAAAGGACAGUGCAGAGACAGACUUUGCUUUCUGGGAGGAGGGCUAUAUCUGGUAUUUAUGCAACACAUUGUCCAUCAUUUCAAUAAUCCGCCUCUUGAGAAAAUACCUGUGGGGAAAUUCCCAAACAGAACAAGGAGAAAGCCGCGUUUUCCCACUGACCUGCGCUGCUGCCGAAGUACCACUUUUGGACAACGACACUCUGCAGAGGUUUCACUCUAAAUAUGUGAAAGUCUCUGCCGAUAAGAGGUGGAAAGAGGAGUUCCUGGAGGGGUUUGCAGAUGAUCUAAUACAGGCCAUGAAGAAAGUGUCUGAUAAACGUGGUGGCAUGGUGAUUGAACACUUUCAGAUGAUGGAUGUGUAUAACAUCAUCGUCCCCUUCACUCCACCUAAUCCAUGGGGUUUUCAGUGUCUUCUCCACAACAACGAGGUGAGUGACCUGCCUCCAGAGAUGCAGGUUUGUGGUCAAAUAAAGCUGGUGGAAAGACAGGAAAUCCAAAAGGGCUGCCCCUGUCAGUCUGCUGAGGCAGAAGAUAUGGUUUGCCUGCUGCAUUGUGGGACAGAGAAGGUAAAGAUGAAGAUCGCUGAUGUUCACGAUGGCCCUCUUUGUGCAAAGAACUCCCCGUUCCUUUCUAAAUCACAGGUCACCAGGUGGUUUCAGAGCACCAUCAAGGAAGCGUGGGCACAGAUUUCGCACAAGUAUGAGUUUGAGCUGAACAUACGCUACCUUGAAGCCCCGGGAGCUCUAGUGGUUCGAUUCAGGUCAGGGAAGAAGAUCAUCUUCAGUAUGAGUCCUGUGGUUAGAUCCAACUCUGAAGCGUAUUUCUUCAUCACUCCUUGUGCCCCCACAAAUCUGGAUACUUUGUGGACUCUCUCUCUGACCACAUAUGAAAAUCAUUUCUUGGAAAAAAUUUCUAAACUCCUUCCUGAAAACUCAUGCCACAGUCAGACUCUGGAAAUUGCAAGUUUUCUUCACAGAAGACAAACGGCACUGUCAGGGAGCAGUGCGCUCAAGGACUUUCAUUUUAAAACCGCUGUAAUGCACCUGCUGCUGACCACACAGCCGCCACAGUGGAAACCAGACCAUGUGGCGGAAAGGUUACAAGACUUACUGGUAUUCAUGAAGAAGAGCCUUGAGAAAAAGCAGUUGCACCAUGCUCUUAUUGGAAACUCUUCAACUCAAAAGAUUAUUAAACUUCCUGAUGAAUUCACUAAAGCAAAGAUGGUGAAUCUCUUCCAUCCCCUUGUGGUUCAUAAUUGUAUCUACAGAAAUGCAGUUAUGCACUUCCAGGAAAUGCUUGAAAAUGCACACAUGCUGAUCCAAGACUACAUCGAUCAGUGCGCUGACAACAGCUCCGUUUGAAAAAAAAAUAACUAAAGACUCAUUUAAAAAUGCACAGUUUGGAGAUUGGAUGUUGUCUGCAACAGUAUUGAGCACAAGAAUCUUCAGGCAUGAAAUUAAAGCAAUUCAUUUAUUAAAAUUUUGAUCACUUUAACAUGAUAUCUAAUAAUCAUUAUCCCAGUAGUUGAGGAAGUCCUUAUGCUCUUCCAUCUCAGGAUCCUCCAGGUCGAACGAGUCAGCCAUUUUCAUAAGUGGUUCAAAUUCUAUGUCUUUGUCCUUACUGCUCAGGUCAACCUUCCAAGAGUGACUGGAAACAAGAUUCCUUGAAGCUGUUGAGAAAUCAAAAAUCUUAGCUUAAGUAGUUUGUCGUUUUAUGCCUUUACAUGCUUCAUUUUUUCCAACUUAAACCAAAGUCCAUAAUGUGCAAACUUGCCUUUAGGGGAUGUUGCAGAGCAAGUGGAUUCACAGCAGGUGCAUAUGGAGUCUUCACCAUAUAGCUCCUUCCACCUAAAGCAAUGACAGGUUUCAUCAUGAUUGAUAUCCAAACUGGAACACAUCAAUAUGCCCAAUAGCUUCACUUUUAACUCUUCUAAAGUUUGUCAGCUUUUUGCAAACCAAUAAAGCAGUUUUUGCUUUAAAAGCAAAAUGUCCUUGUUCUUAUUUAACCUCAUUUAAAAAGAUAACUCACUUUUUAGAUGUUGCGUCAUAACUGCAAGCCUUUGAACUCGUGGUUGGAGUAAGUUUUCCCAUAGAGAUCUCACAGUGCAUGUAGAGUUGCUGAAAGACAGUUUUAAGUGUUUAAAACCUUUGAAUUUGAUUGAAUAAAUCUAUGUGCCAUUUUUGCAAAUACCUGUGAUGACGAGGAGGAGGAAACGGAGUCCUUGAAAACCAGGGCUCCUAUACUGAAUUUCUGCAUGGUCUUAGAGUUACCAGUGAGGAACUUUGAUUGGUCUGUAAGCUUGCUGUCAAUCAUACAGCUGCAUUUACAGAGAAAAAAAAUUAGUUAACGUUUCAUAAUAAAGUGACAUAACUAUAUCCUGAAACAAAAAUUUCUUACCCUUGGUUGUCAAUGACUGUAUAUUUAGGGGAAGAGUUGGGGUCUUUGGCAGCUGUCAUGAAGCACUUCUUGACAUAUAUCCUCUGAUCUCCAGAUUUUUCUCUGCCACUUGGUUUCUUGGCCUCAAAGUACAUUGGCUGGCCCAAGGUGUAGGUUUUAGCGCCAGUGAUUUCAUUUCCUGAUGCUGCAAGAAUGAGAGAUCAGUUGAUCAAGCCACAGUUUGAUGCAGGUUAAGCUCUUGUACAUGUCCAUAAAUUAUGUGUGAAAAAUUGUGCUUAAGUUUCUGUCUUGCUCAAAUAAAUGUUGAAUUCAGAUGUCA